AUGGUGUCACGGUUCAUGGGCUCACUGACUCAUUCUAGCCCUCUCCGUGUCAUUGUGGGUGGGAGUGUGGUUUGUGUUGCCGGUGAUCAGCGCCAUCAGCUAAUUAAGCGCCAGCUGUGGUGCCUAUUGUCCUUGGUCAUCCUUGGCUGGUCCAGCAUGAAAAAGCCGGUGAAUCUGUCUAACGUGCCCGAGGAGUACCUUGACCUGAAGGAAGUGUUCAGUAAGUCCCGGGCUGCUUCUCUUCCUCCGCAUCGUCCCUAUGACUGUGCCAUAGAUCUAGUGCCAGGUACGUCUCCGCCUAAGGGCAAGUUAUAUUCGCUUCCUGUUCCAGAAAGGGAGAAAAAGCCGGUGAAUCUGUCUAACGUGCCCGAGGAGUACCUUGACCUGAAGGAAGUGUUCAGUAAGUCCCGGGCUGCUUCUCUUCCUCCGCAUCGUCCCUAUGACUGUGCCAUAGAUCUAGUGCCAGGGUCCCGUAAGGCCCUACAGAGGUUCCUGGGGUUCGCCAAUUUCUACCGGCAUUUCAUUCGCAAUUUCAGCCAACUAGCCGCUCCUGUGACUGCCUUGACCUCCACUAAGACUAUGUUCAGGUGGUCUGGUGCAGCCGAAGCUGCAUUUACCAACCUCAAGAGCCGCUUUCUUUCGGCUCCCAUUCUCAUCGUUUAUUCACCUGCCGAACGUAACUAUGACAUUUGUAACCGAGAGUUGUUGGCGGUCAAGUUAGCGCUGGAAGAAUGGCGUCAUUGGUUAGAGGGUUCGGGGGUACCCUUUAUUGUCUGGACCGAUCACAAGAACCUCAAGUACAUCAGAUCCGCCAAACGACUUAACUCCAGGCAGGCUCGGUGGGCACUCUUUUUCGGUCGCUUCGACUUUACUCUUUCCUAUCGCCCGGGUUCUAAGAACAUCAAACCCGAUGCGUUGUCUCGCGUUUUUGAACUUUCCGACCGCCUGUCCACUCCCGAGAGAAAGAGACACAAAGUGACUGAUGCCACUGGACGACUGCAGCAGAUGAUCUGCCAUCAACAUGAUAAGCUUCUGGAGCUUUUCUGUCGUACUGACCAGCAAUGUGUUUGCAUGCUGUGUGCAAUGGAUGAACAUAAAAACCAUGAGACUGUAUCAACUGCAGCAGAGAGGACAGAGAAAGAGAAACACUUGAAGGAGACACAGAGUGAACUCCAGCAGAGAAUCCAGCAGAGACAGAAAGAUCUUGAGCAGCUGAGAGAGGCUGUGGAGGCUCAUAAGCGCUCUGCACAGACAGCAGUGGAGGACAGUGAGAGGAUCUUUACUGAGCUCAUCCGCUCCAUUGAGAGAAGCCGCUCUGAGGUGACACAGCGGAUCAGAGAUCAGGAAAAGACUGCAGUGAGUCGAGCUGAAGGACAAAUGGAGCGACUGGAGCAGGAGAUUGAAGAUCUGAAGAAGAGAAACUCUGAGCUGGAGCAGCUUUCACACACAGACGAUCACAUAUAUUUCCUGCAGAGUCUUCAGUCUCUCUCAGCUCCUCCUGAAGCUACAGAAAACAUCUCUGUCAGUUUCCUCUUUUCUUUUGAUGCUGUGAGAGAAUCUGUCGGUCAGCUGAGACACAAACUGGAGGAUUUCUGCAAAGAGGAGAUGAAAAAGAUAUCUGACACUCACAGUAACAUUGUUCCCAGGACCAGAGAGGACUUCCUACAAUAUUCCCAUCAGUUCACUCUGGAUCCAAACACUGCACAUAAACUCCUCCGUCUGUCUGAAGGGAACAGAGCGGUGACUUACACUGACACACCUCAGCCGUAUCCUGAUCAUCCAGACAGAUUUGAUAAUGCUCUUCAGGUGUUGUGUAGAGAGAGUGUGAGUGGACGCUGUUACUGGGAGCUUGAGUGGAGUGGGAGUGAUGUGGGUAUAUCAGUGUCAUAUAAGAGCAUCAGCAAGAAGGGAUCUGGUUAUGAGUGUGUGUUUGGACGUAAUGAUCAGUCCUGGAGUUUGUUCUGCUCUCCCUCCAGUUUCUCAUUCUGGCACAAUAAGAGUCAGACUGAACUCCCUGUUCCCUCCAGCUGCAGGAGAAUAGGAGUGUAUGUGGAUCACAGUGCAGGAACUCUGUGCUUCUACAGCGUCUCUGACACAAUGAACCUCAUCCACACAGUCCAGACCACAUUCACUCAGCCGCUCUAUCCUGGGUUUUAUGUUUGUGGUUCAGUCAAACUCUCUGAUCUGACAACAUAAAUACAGACUGUGAUUCUCUGUCAAUAUUGGGUCACAGUUUGAUUCACAAAAUGAGAGCAGAGGGUCUAAUUACACGCUGUAUCAUUAUUAACACACAGCAAAAAACACUCAGCAACACCAAGAAUACUCUGGUGAGGAGAAAACCAAACCACAUACAGACAAAAAAAAA